GUUUCAUCAAAUGACAUCCCACACAGCACGUAAUAUUGCAGAAAUAUUGCAGUGAUAUUGCAAUAUAAUGGUAAUAUUACAGGGUCCGCCAUCAAAAUCCGGACAAAUUUCAAUUUGAAUUUCCCGCCUCAUUUGACUUCGGUGGUAGGUCACUGUUGAUGUUCGGGCAAGUCAGAUGUUUGUAGUAAGUGCGCAUAACCUCAAAAUGUCCGAACAGAUAAGAUCGAAUGCAGAGUAUAAUCGAAGAGCGGCGAUAAUUGAAGGCCUUCGCGCUGGGCGUUCGCGGACCGAAAUUAUUCGGUUCUUCGGGUACCCGAGAUCGACCGUAUAUGACGUUGCGGCUAAAUAUUUGGCUUCGGAGACGUCCGAAAAAGGUUCUGCCAACCCGACAAGGAAGAGCCAUUCGAAAGAAAAGUCAGUAAGGACUCCAGCAAUUAUCGAAAGAGCUCAAGAGCUCAUCUCAGAGGACCCAGGGCUGUCUCUAACGAAAUUGGCCAAAACAUUGGGUGUGAGUGACACUACAAUGCGUCGAAUUGCUGAAGAGGACCUACGCUUCAAGUCCUAUGUAAUAAAAGUUCGACAAAUGCUCUCUGAGGCUGCCAAGAUGAACAGAGUUGCUCGCUGUAACUUGCUUCUGUGUUCGUUAAAAAACGAAGCUGCGGGACGCAUCAGGUUUUUUUCGGACGAAAAAAUUUUUUCUGUCGAUGCCAAGGUGAACCGGAGGAACGACCGUUGGCUCGCCCGCGACCCCGAAGAUGUGCCCAUAAUAGCUAGGACGAAGUUUCCGGUCUCUGUUCACGUCCUAGGCGUUGUCUCCAGUGAGGGUCACGUCAUGCCGCCACAUUUCUUUCAAAAAAAAGAAACCGUCACAAAAGAAGUAUAUUUACACGUUUUGACGAAGAUAGUGAAGCCGUGGAUAGAAACCGUGGCCGCCGGGAAGCCGUACGUCUUCCAGCAAGACGGCGCGCCAGCGCACACGAGUCACUUAGUGCAAAACUGGCUGUCGGAUAAAAUGGACAUGUUUUGGUCAAAGGAAUUUUGGCCUCCGAACAGUCCAGAUUUGAAUCCGUUGGACUAUUACGUGUGGAGCGUCAUUGAACGAGUGACCAACAAGUCGAGACAUCCCAAUGUGACAUCUCUCCAAACCGCUAUCGAAGCAGCAUUCGCCAAUAUAGACAAGGACGCGUUGCAGAGAGCGUGCCAGCGCUUCAGGAUGAGGAUCGAAGCAGUCAUCGAAGCAAAAGGGGGUUAUAUAGAGUAAUUUUACUCUAAAAGGAUACCACUAGUGAUACACAAAAAGUUCUUUUGUAAGUUUUACAUUUUGAUGAGUAGAAUUUUAUUUAAACAAAUUGUUCAUUUUGUCCGGAUUUUGGUGGCGGA